AAAAAAUGAAGUCAAAAUGUCAAAUUGUCAAUUGAUAAAAAAAAAUUACAAAUACUGUUAUCAGCAAAACAUAAAAAUUAAAAACUUUUAGUCAGAGAUUUUGUGCAAAAUGACUAACACAGCCCCAAUUGUAAAAAAUACAAUCUACACAGGACAAAAAUAUGUACCUAUUGCUGAUGGAAGUAAAGUACACUUUCAUUUCCAAACAUGGAAAUUAGGAAAGGAAAGGACACUCAUUGAUGACAGUAAAAAAAUUGGUCAAAAAGAGCCAAUGGUGCUAGUAAUUGGACAUAAAUUCAAACUUGAGGUUUGGGAGUCAAUUGUAAAAAUGAUGGCUGUUGGCGAAGUAGCGAGUUUUCAAGUGAAAAAAGAGUUAGUGUACAGUUACCCCUUUGUGUCAAAAACCCUUCGUGAACUGGGCCAAGAGCAACGCAGAAAGCAUACAUGUACUAUGACGCUGCACACCGAAGGAAUCGGAUACCCUGACUUGGAUGAUUUGAUCAACUCACCUUGUGACUUAGAAUUUAUAAUAGAAGUGUUAAAAGUUGAAAGAUCAAAUGAAUAUGAGAAAGAGCUCUGGCAGCUAAGCAGCGAAGAGAGGCUUCAACUUGUACCCGAACUUAAAGAAAAGGGCAAUAAAUUGUAUGGACAAAAGUUGUAUGAUCAGGCAGAAGAUGCAUACAGACAGGCUAUAUCCAUUUGUGAACAACUAAUGAUCAGAGAAAGAAAAUGUGAUGAGGAAUGGAUCAACUUAAAUAAAGUCAAACUUCCAAUUUUACUUAACUUUGCUCAGUGUAAACUAGUCAAGGGUGAAUACUAUGCUGUCAUAGAACAUUGCAAUACUGUUUUAGAUCAUGAUGCAGAUAAUGAAAAAGCACUAUAUAGAAGAGCUAAAGCAAACGUAGGAGCAUGGAAUCCAGAAGCAGCUGAAAAAGAUUUUAAACGAUUGAAAACUUUGAAUCCAGAACUGAUUCCAACUAUUGAUAAAGAGCUAGAAAACCUCAAACAGUUAAGAAAAGAAAAAAGUGAAAAUGACAAGGAUGCUUUAAAAAAGUUAUUUGAUAAGGAUAAUAAUGCUUCAUAGCACUAUCUAAAUAACAAUAGUUACCAAGUGUACUCAGAUAUUUACUGUAAUGGCAAUACAAAGAUGCCAGAUAAUACAGUACAUUAUUGCUUAGAAUUCUUUAACAUUUAAUGAUAACAAAACUUAACCUGUUAAGAACAUAUUUUUUCGUCUUCCUAUGUAAUUAAGCCUAAUUUAUAAUAAUAUAAUAA